UUGUCACAUAUGUUUAUUAUCACAAAUUUGCUAUGACACGUUGUAAUACUUCAAUACUAUCCUUAUAUCCUUCUAUUACCGUCGUCUUCGUCAGCAUACUUUUUUCUGUAUUCUUGUUUUGAGAGAUAUAACUUGAUUGCGACCUUCAAUGACUAGUCUUGUAGUUAUAUGACUAAUUCACUUCAAUAUCGUUAUGAUGUUGCAAUUCUAUAUCUCACUUAUAUAUGCAAUGUACUCUUUUCAUGGCACGCGCUUCUUCUCCAUACCCAGAGAUGUUACGCCUCACUGUGUUAUGAUUUCAUUUCCUGUUAUGAUUUUCCCGAGCCGACCGUGUUUCGUCGUUGCCAUAACAUUAAUUUUUCAUAAACUAUUCUGUCUCGGUCCCAGACGGAGGCUAACCACUGUAAGAAGAGCAACCAAUAAUACAAGUGGUCUUGCAUACUAUCAGAGCCACAUAAAAAUUCCUGCCAGAUUAGCUUCUCAUUAAGACUCGUUGUUUGGCUUCACAAGAGACAACAUGCCUUCAAGGAACCUGCGAGAUCCCAAGGUUCCAUCUCACACCACUCAGUACCUCGCUACUUUGGCCGUGUGCACCGGAGCCCUAGGUAUGGGCGCGACUCUCGGCUACAGCUCGCCGGCAGGACCUCGCAUGAUGGCCAAUUCAACCUCAGAUGACCUGACCGUCACACUGAGUCAGUUCAACUGGGUGUCGUCGAGUCCCUCUCUGGGCGGCGCAGCGGGCGGGCUGAUAGCGGGCGCGGGCGUAGACUGCGUCGGUAGGAAGGGCACCAUCUUGGUCUUCUCGCCCGUGUUCUUCCUCGGUUGGCUCAUGAUCGCCCUGGCGCGAGACGUGGCCAUGCUCCUGGUGGGGCGCCUCGCCUGCGGGCUGGCCGUGGGCGCCGUGAGCAUCGCCGUCCCCACCUUCGUCGCCGAAAUCGCGUCGCCGGACAUCCGCGGUCUGCUCGGCAGUGUUUUCCAGCUGAUGGUAACUACGGGUAUCCUCUCUGUCUACGUGCUUGGGGCCGUGAUACCUUCGUGGAGGAUUCUUGCCGGCGUGUUUGCCGUCCUUCCAGUUUUGACUUUCAUCUCCGUGUUUUUCCUGAAGGAGUCUCCUCUCUACCUCAUCUCCAAAGGGAAGGAAGACAAGGCAGCUGCGUCUUUAAAGUUUUACAGAGGCAAGCGCUACGCCGCAGCUGACGAACUUCAGGUCCUGAAAGAUUCCCUUGAGGAGUCACGCCAGAGGAGAGCGACAGUGAAGGAUCUCCUGAAAUCCCACAACCUGAAGCCUUUCCUCAUUACUCUUGGCGUUUUCCUCCUUACUCAGUUCUCCGGGAUUACGGCCAUCUUAUCGUACAUGUCUUCCAUAUUUCAGGAAUCCGGAAGCAAUCUCUCCAAUGAUAUAAGCUCCUCGAUCAUCGCUGCCGUGAUGGUUGCAAUGACGGUGUUAUCCAGCGCUCUCGUGGACAAAGCGGGCAGAAAAGCGCUACUUGUUAUUUCGGCAGCGAUUAUGGCGAUCGCGUUCAAUAUCUUGGCCCAGUACUUCGCGGGGAAAGAGAGCGACCGUGCUUGGGUUGACAGCGCGGCGUGGCUCCCCCUCGCCUGCCUCGUUGUUUUCGUGUCGGCUUUCAGCAUAGGAUUUGGGCCUAUUCCUUGGCUCCUGCUGGGUGAACUCUUUUCACCCGAAGUCAAAGACGUGGCAGUUAGUCUCAUCCAAGUAAUCAACUGGUCGACCGCUUUUCUCACCACACUCAUCUUUGCCCCUUUGCAAACCGCUCUCGGCAACGCGGGCAUGUACCUUCUCUUUAGCGGCUUGUGUGUUCUCGCACUCGUCUUCUCUGCCUUCUUGGUUCCCGAGACGAAGGGCAAGACGCUGCAGGAGAUCGCGGCCUACUUCGGAAGUUCUCCUGUGGCAGGAUCCCCACAGGAGAGACAGAAGGACGGUUGAAAGGGUCGGGGAAACUCAACAGAUGAGCGGCAGGAUUUAUGAAAUCAUUUUGCAUUUUUUAUUAUGUUUUGUAAACAUUCCGUAAUUUGAAGCAUGUUAAUACCUAGAAAUAGGAGAGAAAUAGAGAAAGAAAGAAAGAAA